UGCCUACCCCCCCCCCCCCCCCCCCCCUUUUUUUAUUGUUAUUGUUUUUAAACUUUUUUUUACUGGUGUCAUUUAAUACCUUUGUUCCUUUGCUUCCACACUCUUUAAUCCCCAUUCUGUACUCUCAGCCAUUCUUUUGCCUCCAUUUAUUGUUUGCUUCCUCCAGCUAGUUCUGCAGUUGGCCUUUUUGGUCAAAGCUACUGUUUUAUAAUCAUGGGCCAGUAAAUGUGCUGCAGAAUGUUGUGUGGUUGUUGGGUUUGAAAUUUCCACAGUGUGGAGCAAGAAAAGGGUCUUAAUGAUGUUCAAAGAAUUGUUUGGGAUUUUGCUCAUGAUGAUGGAGCUGAAAGAUCAAAGAUUUCUUCUUUUAAUUUUUUGAGUUUUGUGUUUGUGUGGGAUUUUGUGUCUGCUGAUGAAUGCCCUUCGGUUUUGAAGCUAAUGUUAGAUUGUUAGACCCAAUGAUGGAUAAGAAGAGAUGGCUAUGGAAGAGGAAGUCUUCUGACAAGAGCUCCGGUGAAACUGAAAGUUCAGGAUCUGUUUCUUCUCAUUCUGAGAGGUACUCAGAUGAACAGGAGGCAUUGAAGGAAUCUCCUACUAGAAGCAACCAGUCACCUGAUGUCACAUCAAAAGCUACCGCCUAUGCUGAAGAAGUUAACCAUAGUUCAUUUAUCAAUGAACAAUUGCCUGAAGAAGUCACCUCUAAAUCUGUACCUGCUGCAGGCAUUGCAAGUGAUGGUUCAUCUGAGAAUGACGAAAAUGAAGAAAAUGUAAAUAUAAUAGAUGUAAAGGAAGGUGAUCUGAAUGAUGGGUUGAGGAAUAUGUCAGAGAAGCUAUCUGCUGCACUAGUGAAUGUCAAUGCCAAAGAAGACUUGGUUAAGCAGCAUGCCAAAGUUGCUGAAGAAGCCAUUGCAGGCUGGGAAAAGGCUGAAAAUGAAGUGGCUGUUUUAAAGAAGCAACUUGACACUGUCAUUCUCAGGAAUUCAGUUCUGGAAGAUCGAGUCACUCAUCUAGAUGGAGCACUUAAGGAGUGUGUUAGGCAGCUAAGGCAGACAAGAGAAGAGCAGGAAGAAAAUAUCUAUGAUGCUGUUGCAAAAAAGACACAGGAAUUGGAAUCAGCCAAAAUUAAACUUGAGAACAAACUCACUGAGCUCCAGAACAAAUUAGAUGCUUCAGAAGCCAAGUCUUCUUCUAUUGACUUUGAUAUGUGUCAAAAGGUUGAAAAUUUAGAGAGAGAGAACAUGGCUCUCAGGCAUGAGAUCCUUGUUCAAUCAGAAGAUCUAGAAGUCCGAACAAUUGAGAGGGAUCUAAGCACUCAAGCUGCUGAGACAGCUAGCAAGCAGCAUUUAGAAAGCAUCAAGAAAGUAGCCAAGCUUGAGGCCGAGUGCCGGAGACUGAGGAGCAUGGCUUCUAGAGCUUCCUUAGCUAAUGAUCAUAAGUCCAUUGCUCAGUCCUCAUUUAGUGUUGAAUCUCCAACAGAUAGUCAAUCAGACAGUGCAGAUCGGCUUGCUACAUUGGAGACUGAAGCCAAAAAGAUGAAUGGCUCAGAACCAAACAAGUGUGAGCCAAGUUGUUUGGACUCAUGGGCAUCUGCACUAAUUGCUGAGCUCGAUCAGUUCAAGAAUGAAAAAUGCAGACAAACUCCAUCCAGUUCUGUUAAAAUUGAUCUCAUGGAUGAUUUUCUUGAAAUGGAACGACUUGUUGCAUUGCCUGAAAGUAAGAAGGAAAACAUGGUCCAAGAGUUGGUUGCUAUCAAUCAAUGCAUAAACAAAGAAAUCUCUCUCAGAGUAGAGUUUGAGAUCAUGAAUCAGCAAAUGGAUGAGCUAAAAGAAAAGUUAGAGAAGGUGGAAGCUGAUAAAGCUGAACUAGAGAUAGCUUUGAUGAACAGUGAAGAGUGUAUUGAGGAGUCACAACAUCAGUUGAGGGAGACACAAGAGAAAUUGGAGGAGUUGCAAAGAGAGCUAGAAAAUGCCUACAAAUCAAAGCAAAGGGUAGAAAAUCACCUACUGGACAUGGUGGCUGAGGCUGAAACAUUAUCUGUGAAGGUUGAAUUCUUAGAAGCUGAGGUUGAUAAGGAGAGGGCUGUGUCAAGUGAAAUUGCAAUGAAGUAUAGGGACCUGGAGGAAGAGUUUGAAAGAAAAUCUGCAAAGGUUGAUAUACUAGAAGUUGAGCUUGAUAAGAAGGAUUUGUCAAGUGAAAUUGCAAUGAAGUGUAGGGACUUGGAGGAGGAGUUAGAAAGAAAAUCUGCAAAGGUUGACAUACUAGAAGCUGAGGUUGCUAAGGAGAAGGAUUUGUCAAGUGAAAUUGUAAUGAAGUGUAUGGACCUAGAAGAAGAGUUAGAAAGAAAAUCUGCAGAGGUUGACAUACUAGAAGCAGAGCUUGAUAAGAAAAAGGAUUUGUCAAGUGAAAUUGCAUUGAAGUUUAGGGACCUGGAGAAAGACUUAGAAAGAAAAUCUGCAAAGGUUAACAUACUAGAAGCAGAGCUUGAUAAGAAGGACAUGCCAAAUGAAAUUGCAAUGAAGUGUAAGGACUUGAAGGAAGAGCUAGAAAGCAAAUCCACAAAGGUUGACUUGUUAGAAGCAGAGGUUGCUAAGGAAAGGGAUGUGUCAGAUAAAAUUGCAAAAAAGUGUAAGGACUUGGAGGAAGAGCUACAAAGAAAAUCUGCAAAGGUUGAGCUAUUAGAAGCAGAGGUUGCUAAGGAGAGGGAUGUGUCGGAUAAAUAUGCAAAAAAGUGUAAGGACUUGGAGGAAGAGCUACAAAGAAAAUCUGCAAAGGUUGAGUUAUUAGAAGCAGAGGUUGCUAAGGAGAGGGAUGUGCUGGAUAAAAUUGCAAAAAAGUGUAAGGACCUGGAGGAAGUGCUAGAGAGCAAAUCUGCAAAGGUUGAAUUAUUAGACGCAGAAGUUGACAAUGAGAGGGCUGUGUCAGAUGAAAUUUCAAUGAAGUGUAAGGACCUGGAGGAAAAGCUAGAAAGAAAAUCUGCAAAGGUUGACUUGUUAGAAGAAGAGCUUCAUAAGGAGAGGGCUAAUUCAGAAGAAAUUGCAAUGAAGUGUAGGGAAUUGGAGGAAGAAUUGCUCAGGUCAACAGCUAGCUCAUAUGGAGAAAAGAAGAUUAAGCAGGAGGACCUAGCACUGGCAGCCGGAAAGCUUGCCGAGUGCCAGAAAACAAUAGCAUCUUUGGGAAAUCAGCUAAAAUCCCUGGCUACACUAGAAGAUUUCCUUAUUGACACUGCAAGCAUUCCUGCAAGUCCAUCACUCAUUGGUCAGGCUGGUGGGGAGUUGUGGAAGUUGCAUUCAAAUGGCACAUUUUUGCCUAAAAGAGAUUCCAUUUGUUCAAGGUUGGCUGAUGGUAGCUCUUAUCCAUCCUUAAACAAAAAUGAGGAAACCUCGCCGCUUUCGUCGUCUUCAUCAACUUCAUCACCAGCCUUGCAAAAUCAUGUCAGUUCUGAGAGGAGUAGAAAUGGCUUUGCAAAAUUUUUCUCUAGAACCAAGAGUGGGAUCCGGUUAGAAAUUUAGUGAGGAUAUAGUGGAUUAACCUUAGCAGAAGUUAUUCUUUUCUCUAGCUGUAAAACAGAUUGAUCUUGCCAUUCAAAGAAAAGGUUUGACAACACUCAAUUGGCACCAAUUGUAUCUUUUUUUCUAAUCUUGUCCAGGGUUUAUGUCUUCUGACAUUUGAUUAGAAAAAAAAAUCAAAUUUUGAAUA